UAACCAGCUUCCAGUGUGAAUGGCAUUUUACGAAUAUGAGCUGUGCAUGGCUGUUACAACAACAAUACAAGCCGCAAAUGUGAAUGGCAUUUGUUUUGUAUUUUCUGUUUGCAAUAGUGCAAAGUUCUUCGUGCUGCAAGAAGGAGUUUAUUAUGAAGUUACAUGAAGUAGAAAAAUGCGCACCCAGCAGUGAUUGGAAUGUACUUUACUGGGUGCUUGGUAGCAUUUUAAUGCCAAUAGCAUUGCCUCUGGCCAUAAUCAACUUGUGGCAACGUUUUCGCGCCCAGAAAUACCGCAACCAGCUGCCCGGCAAGGUUGUUCUGAUAACGGGCGCCAGCUCUGGCCUGGGCGAGUCCCUUGCACAUGUCUUCUAUAGAGCAGGCUGUAAGGUAAUCUUGGCUGCUCGUCGAGUCCAGGAGCUGGAACGCGUAAAGUCGGAUCUACUGGCGUUAGACGUGGAUCCCGCAUAUCCGCCCACUGUUCUGCCCUUGGAUCUGGCCGAACUAAACUCUAUACCAGAUUUCGUUAGUCGCGCCUUGGCGGUGUACAACCAAGUUGAUAUCCUGAUUAACAAUGGGGGCAUCAGCGUGCGUGCCGAUGUUGCCUCAACAUCUGUCGAUGUCGAUCUUAAGGUCAUGCUUGUUAAUUACUUUGGAACUGUGGCGUUGACAAAAGCGCUUUUGCCGUCAAUGGUAAAACGUCAAAGUGGUCAUAUAUGCUUCAUUAGCUCUGUGCAAGGAAAGUUUGCGAUACCCCAACGUGCAGCCUAUUCGGCCUCUAAGCAUGCACUGCAGGCGUUCGCCGAUUCUCUCCGUGCUGAGGUGGCCAAUAAAAAGAUGUAUGUCUCCUGCGUCAGUCCUGGCUACAUACGCACACAGCUCUCGAUGAACGCCUUGACUGGAGCAGGCAGCAGCUACGGCAAAAUGGAUGAAACUACGGCCAAGGGCAUGUCGCCCGAUAAGUUGGCCGAGCUCAUUUUACAAUGCAUCAUGCGUAAGGAACCCGACAUUAUUGUCAGCGAUCUUCAGGCAAAGAUCGCCUACUAUUUGCGUCAUUUCUUACCAUCCGUCUAUUUUUGGAUCAUGGCUAAACGUGCCUUAAAAUUGGAAAAGGCGGAGAAAAAAGCCAAUUGAACAAAUAUGUUGCUUUCGUGUAAGUUUUAGUUUUGUUUUUUUUUUUUAUUGUUAUUUAAAUUUUGCUUAAAAUGAGGAAAUUAUAAAAAUAUUGCAAUGCGUGUGCAGUGUUAAAAAGUUAGUUACAUUUCGCAUAAUCUUGGUAAUGAUAAUGUUUUAAAAUAAAUUAAAUAAUUACUGUAUUCAUACCAUUAAUGUUAAGUACAACAUAAGAGUCACACAAUCGCUCUCUCUCUCUCUCUCUCUCUCUGUUUGCAACUUAAAAAAUAUUUAUGAAUUAUUGUACUUAAAUUAUGCCUGUUUUUGCUUUUCGGCUUUCGAUUUACGAGUUAUUAAUUGACGACAGAAAUACUUUUCAUACUUGAUACGUUCUUUGACAACAUUUAAAACUUUCUUUAUUUAACUACGGGGUACGGUUCUCUGCGAGGGGUUGGAAAUAUUUCAUUUAGCUAAAUUAUAAAAAAAUAGUCGGUUAUCAAAUCAGUUUAGAGCGUGCAAUAUCUUAUCAAAGUAAAAUACACGAACAAAAAUAAUUACAAUUGAGGUACACACACAGAUUUCAAAAUCGUUUUGCAGUUUUACGACUAAAUUAUUAUAUAUAGUUUAAAAUCAAUAAAUUUCUUAUGUACAAUACACAAAAAUGGUUCCUUUCGCGCUAAA